UCACGUGGGUAAACUCCACGGGUAUGUAUCUUCUGGACUAUAGAUAAUCAACCUAACGAUUAGAAACGUAUGAAAGCCGAUUAUUGGUGAAAUACGUGGCCGCCUGAACUGCUCCGUGGACUGAUGGGUUUCUCGGGCAACUAAGGCAAUCUUCUUACGGACAGUUUUCUUUACCCUUGGACGUACUUGCAGUUAUAUUAACAUGUGGGUGUUCAGGUCUGCUCAUCAGCACAAGUUGCUCCUGGUUUGUUACAGGAAACUGCACACGCUGGUGUCCGUGUCAAGAGUGGGCUCUCAGGUGGCGUCUUAUCACAUCACAGCCACUCUGCUGAGCCCACAGGACAGGGGCGUGAAACCUGCAGAGAGGAGACACCUGAGGGGGUCCAAUACCUCAAAAGUCCACAAUGAGCCCCCUGCAGCUGAAGGAAGGCAAGGACGCGGCGGCUGGAGGUCAGCGCAGAGUAAGUCCUUGAAAGAUGAGACUGGGCUGUUCCGGACGCAGAAUCAGGGAAGGAAAGAGGAACCCAAAGUCUCAUCUGAACUCAGGAAACUGAGUCUGGAAGAUUUCCCUCCGGACAAGGAGAAGCAGGUCAGACAGAAGCCAACAGUGGACGCCAAAGCAGAGAGCUUUGAGAUGGUUUUUGGCAUCGCUCCGUGUCUUCUGGCUCUCACUCAGGGAAGAAGAAAAGCCAGUAAACUGUUUGUGAAACGUGAUGGGGGCUCUCAGAGGACUUCUGUCCUAAAGGUGUGUGAGGAGGCACAUCGGCGAGGAGUACAAAUCAGCCAGGUCAGCAAGAAAGAUCUGGACAAGAUGUCCUCUGGGGGAGUACACCAGGGAGUUUGCCUCCGAGCGAGUCCUCUGAGUUUCCUCUCUGAGAUUGCUGCGCUCAGCAGAGGCAAGGGCACGCCCCUGUGGCUCGUCCUGGACCGAAUCCAGGACCCCAUGAAUCUCGGGGCCAUGUUGCGCUCUGCUUAUUUCCUUGGUGUGGACGGGGUCAUCAGCAGUCUUCGUCACAGUUGCCCCCUGACUCCGGUGGUCAGCAAAGCCAGCUCGGGCGUGAUGGAGGUGAUGGGAGUGUAUGGCUGUGACGACCUGGAAGACCUGUUGCAGGUGAAGGUGGCGCAGGGCUGGCAGGUGGUCGGCACAGUGGGACUGGAGGCGGGCCAGCACCAGACUCGGGUCACCAGGUGUUCGGACUUUGAAAUGACCUGUCCCACGUUGCUGCUGAUGGGGGGUGAGGGGAGCGGGCUGUCCCAGGAGCUGCUGUCUCUGUGCCAGACCCUGCUCACCGUACCAGCUGGCAGGGAGCUGAGCCCUGGCGUGGAGUCUCUGAACGUCUCCGUUGCUGCCGGCGUCCUGCUGCACUCUCUGCUGCACUCCAGGAGGUCGGCGUGAUGCGGGUCCUGAGUAUGUGCCUGAUGCACAACAGUGGUGAGACUGGGUCAUGGAUGGACCUACACAUAGGCACCUAACCAGCGUAUCUCACUGCUCACUACAGUGAGGGCUGGAAACGUUUGUCAACAGCUUCUUCUGUAUUUGACGAGACGUUUUCAGACAUGAUGCAGAAAUCUGAACGUGUUCUCAUCACCUUUGUUUGCGUUAGGAGAACUAUGGUAACUUUACGCCUGCAGUACUUUUUGGUUACUCUGUUGGGGUUUUAGUUGUGCUGGAAAUGUUUGUUCUUAAAUGUGGAAUUCUUAAUAAUAAAAACAUUAAAUAAAAGUCA